CUCCUGUGUGUUAAUUUGCCAUUGUGAACUUUUAAUCUUGCCAAGGUUAUGUUGAAAUUCCUAUAGAGCAAUCUUCUGGAGUUUUGAGUGCCUCCAUUGCAAGCUCAAACUGAGGAGUCAUGAAAGUAUCGAGGUAUUAAGAUACUGUGCAUGCUUUGUUUUUGUUAUUUUAUUUACCUCAUUUCUUUUAUUAUCCUCAACCUCCUCUUACAAUCAUGUCUGCCCACGAUGCAUUCUGCACACUUCCUGAUUCUCUUGUUGCUUUAAUACUAUCAAAAAUGCCAAUAAAAGACGCUGUCAAAUCUUGUGUUCUUUCCAAGAGGUGGAGAUUUCUCUACACCCAGAUGCCUCAACUCACUUUCGAUCCAUAUGAGAUGUUUUUUGGCACUUCCCUCAAUCCGCUCUUCAUGUCAAGGGUUGAGAAUAUCAUUUCCAAUAUCUUGCUUUUGCACUCGCGCAAUCUGGAGGGAUUUCACCUCCACAACAACAACACACGGGUGAACUUCAAUCGUGAAAAUGUGUGUAAAUGGGUAGGAUAUGCAUCUCGCUGCAAUGUCCAACAUCUCACUCUCUAUGAUCACACCACUUUUCCAAGCGCUUUAAUAGAAAUCCCACCCACUGCUCUCUUUUCAUGUUCGCGUCUCAUAACACUUUAUCUGGCUAAGUACGAUCUCACCAACUUCCCAAUCGAUUUCGUUGGAUUCCCCCACCUCCUUACUUGUCACCUCCGAUAUGUUCAAUUGACAGAUGGAUCUUUGGUCUCCUUCAUUUCGCUCUGUCCCCGUCUGCAGAAACUUGAAAUAAGGGGAGAUUCUGGGCUAGGUAAUGCCGUGAUAUUUUCAUCCACACUUGAACAUUUGAGUAUGGAAAGAGUAAAGUCUCUGUCUGUUAACUGCCCCAAUCUUAGAACUGUGGCGGGGGAAUGGAUUGAGGAUUUAAGUGUGAAUGGUGUACGGUUAUAUGAACUUUCUUAUGCCAUCUUUCAUCUUGAAAUGGACAGUGGAGGUACUCUGAGGACAUUGGACCUGAAUUGCUCACCUGCAAUGAAUUUUGGAGGUAUUCCAGGAAUUGUUUCAGCAAGUAGAGUUCUUCAAAUUGUGGGCAACUUCCACUCCCUGAAGAAACUUGACAUACACCUGCGUUAUCCCUGGGUGUUCAAAAGGGAAGCAGGUAUGAAUGUUCCUCUAUUGGACCUAUUUCACAGGCUUCCAAAUCUUCAUACGCUCUCUAUGUUGGGCUACUUUCUUCAGGAGGCGGCAAGAGAUCCUAUACCUGACUGCCUUGCAUCUCCACAUGUUAACCUCAAGAAAAUAUGCGUAGAAAUUGUUGAGUUUGACGAGAAAGAAGUUGCAGUGAUAAGUUGCUUGCUUCAAAGUACACCCUCCCUGGAAGCAUUGGAAAUUAAGGUACCUGAUGAAUGGGAUGAGAGUGAGAGUGAGAGUGAGUAUGAUUAUGAGGGUGAAUAUGAGGGUCAAUGUUUGAAGCUGUUUAAAGAUAUUAUGUAUCUCAGGAGGGCAUCCUCACUAGCAAGGAUAAUUGUACUGGAUAAAUGCUCCAAGUAAUAUGCUGAAAAAACUAUGGUCUUUUGAACUGCAUAACUGUGUCCUCUGUAAUACCCUGUUUAUGGUAUUUAAUUCUAUGCUCCUUUUUGCUUUUAAUGAAAAA